AUGGGAUGCAUGCAGUUCACAAGAGAGAGCCUAUAGAAGAAAAGACUGAAGGUUGAAGCCGGUGAAUGAGAGUGGGUAGGAGCAGUCAGAGAGAAUGCCAAUUGGCUUUUGAGUGGAUAAGUGUUGCAGUGAGAGCAGUGACGUUGAAAACAACUAUUGCCUGUUUGAAUUACUUAAAGCACCACCAUGAAAAGAAAUACCUGUGAUUUGCUUUCUCGGAGCAAAAGUGCCUCUGAGGAAACACUGCAUUCCACUAAUGAAGAGGAAGACCCUUUGCGAGGAAUGGAACCCUAUCUUGUACGGAGACUUUCUUGCCGCAGUGUCCAGCUUCCCCCUCUCGCCUUCAGACAGUUGGAACAAGCUGACUUGAAAAGUGAAUUGGAGAACACUCAAAGACCAACCAGCCUCCCCCUGAAGAUUCUACCCCUGAUUGCUAUCACUUCCGCAGACUCCAGUGGGGACCCCAACUGCCUCUCCUCCAGCAGCCUUGGGUUUCUCUCCGGACUAUGCAAGUCAGGCCUCAGAGCUGACAGCUCUGGUGACUACGUGCUCCAUUUUCCUGCCAAGCUGCAAGCAUAGGUGCUCUCCAAGGCAGCCUGUGAGCCCCUUCCCUCCUCCGGCUCCACUCCUGCCCUGCACGCUGCAUCUGCCAUUCGGUAACUCGGGCAGCGGGGAUGCUAAGGAC